GCGCGCGCCAUGCAGGCGAACGGCCGCGGCGAGCAGCACUCGCCGAGGUCGGCGGCGGGCGGCUGGCCGUCCCCCCGCGGCGGCGGGGGCGAGCAUUACUCCCCGUCGGCGUCCAAGACCCCGCGCGGCGGCGCGGCGUCCCCGAACAAGCUGCCGGCCAGCGCGGCGUGGCUGGUGGACAGCCGGUGGGCGCUCUCGGCCGCGCUCAGCCUGCUGCUGUUCCUGGCCGUCGCGCUCGCCGUGACGUCCUUCUCGUCGUCUUCGUCAUCGUACGUCUCCGCGUCGGCCUUCUUCUCCUCCGACGACCAUGCCCAUCACGCGCACGCCGCCGACGUGGUGCAGGAGGGCGUCCACGCCAGCCAGCAGCAGCCGCCGCCGGAGCCCCUUCCCUCGCCGCCGCCGCCCGGCGCGGAGCUGCCGCGGCUGGCGUACCUGAUCUCCGGGUCCAAGGGCGACCUGGAGCGGCUGUGGCGCGCGCUGCACGCGCUGUACCACCCGCGGAACCAGUACGUGGUGCACCUGGACCGCGAGGCCCCCGUGACGGAGCGGCUGGCGCUGGCGGCGCGCGUGUCCAACAGCACCGUGUUCCGGCGCGCCGGCAACGUCCACGUCGUCCGCCGCGCCAACAUGGUGACCUACCGCGGGCCCACCAUGGUGGCCAACACGCUGCACGCCUGCGCCAUCCUCCUCCGCCGCGGCGGCGCCUGGGACUGGUUCAUCAACCUCUCCGCCUCCGACUACCCGCUCAUGACGCAGGACGAUAUCCUGCAAGUCUUCUCGACGGUGCCUAGGAACGUCAACUUCAUCGAGCACACCGGUUACUUGGGCUGGAAGGAGGGGCAGAGGGCGCGCCCUCUGAUCGUGGACCCCGGGCUGUACGGGUCCAAGAAGCAGGACAUCUUCUGGGCGUCGCCCAAGCGGGAUCUCCCCACGGCGUUCAAGCUCUUCACGGGGUCGGCGUGGGUGGCGCUGUCGCGGGACUUCGUCGAGUACACGGUGUGGGGCUGGGACAACCUGCCGCGCACGCUGCUCAUGUACUACGCCAACUUCGUCUCCUCCCCGGAGGGCUACUUCCAGACGCUCGUCUGCAACGCGCCCCGGUUCGUGCGCACCGUCGCCAACCACGACCUCCACCACAUCCAGUGGGACGUGCCGCCGCGCCAGCACCCGCACGCGCUCGCGCUCGCCGACCUGCCGGCCAUGGUGCGCAGCGGCGCGCCCUUCGCCAGGAAGUUCCCCAGGGACGACCCCGUGCUCGACGCCAUCGACGCCGAGCUCCUCGGCCGCCCGCCGCCGGCGCGCCCCGGCGGCGGUAACGGCACCGCGCCGGCGGCGUUCGCGCCCGGCGGGUGGUGCGGCGGCGACGCCACCUGCGGGGCCGUGGACAACGACUGGGUGCUCAGGCCCGGGCCCGGCGCCGAGAGGUUCCAGAGGCUCAUCGAAAGGAUCGUCAGGUCCGAGGCCUUCCUCAACAGGCAGUGCAAGUAGUGCUAGAUCAUCAUCAUACUGUACUGUGUGCGUUGUCUUACCUUCUGGAUCCUCGUCGUCAGUGUACAAACAAACACCAACAGAUAUAGCUCAGCUUCGAUAUAGUAAGUAAUACACACACAUAAACCCUAGUCGAUCUGGUUGUGAUCCAUGAGACUGGUGUGUGAAUCCUCUUCUUGAGUCCUGACCUGCUGCAGC